GUCCCACGUACCGCAGCAUCUACGCCAAGGAUGCGUACGCCGACCUGGGGCCCGGGCAACUCAUCCGUCUUUCCUGUCCUCUUUUCCCUGCCUCUUUGCCCUUUGUGUGUAACACCUAUUCCCAGGUGCAUGACAAGCCGGGCCCGUUUGUGUGGGACACGUACUCCCAGGUGCAUGACAAGGUGCUGCAUCUGGGAUCAGCUUACCGUGCUGCUGGGUUGGAAGCGGUGAGUAGGGGGAGGAAAGAAGGGAGCGGAAGGAGGGAAAGUGGGGGGAGAGAAAGGGAGGUGGGGUCCCUUCGUGUGGGACACGUACUCCCAGCUGGGAUCAGCUUAUCGUGCUGCUGGGUUGGAAGCAGUGAGUUGGGGGAGGGAAAGGUGGGUGAGGGUGAGGGGCGGGAUGGGAAAAGGGGAGGCCGGAGGGGAAGGGGGAGGGGAUCAGCGUACCGUGCUGCUGGGUUGGAAGCGGUGAGUAGGGGGAGGGAAUGGGGGGCGGGAAAGGGGAAAGAAGGGAACGGAAGGUGGGGUUCGGGAGGGUGGGAAGGGAAGGGAAGGGGGAGGGGAUCAGCGUACCGUGCUGCUGGGUUGGAAGCGGUGCGUGGGGGGACGAGCAAAGGAAGGGAAGCAGGAGGGGAGGGCAGAGGGGCGGGAGGGAGGAAGGGAGGGAAGAAGGGUGGGCGGAGGAGUGGAGGGAGGAACGCCAGGUGGAAAUCUACGCCAUACGCUCACCUGUUUGACGCCGCGUCCAACAAACCUCUCUUCACCUCUUCCAACUCCUUCCUACCAGUAUCCCUUCAUCACCUCUCUCUCCCCCCAUCAGAACGCCAAGGUGGGCAUCUACGACAACAGCUCGCCGCCAGCCAAGUGGUUCAUUUCUCUCUCAACCCCUUCCUCCCUCGUCCAACCCCUUCCUCCCUCGUCCAACCCCUUCCUCCCUCGUCCAACCCCUUCCUCCCUCGUCCAACCCCUUUCUACCUCGUCCAACCCCUUUCUACCUCGUCCAACCCCUUUCUACCUCGUCCAACCCCUUUCUACCUCGUCCAACCCCUUUCUACCUCGUCCAACCCCUUUCUACCUCGCUCAACGCCUCUCACCACCACCACCCCUCCCCAUCAGAACGCCAAGAACGCCAAGGUGGGAAUCUACGGCAUCAACUCGCCCGAGUGGUUCAUGGCCAUGGAGGCAUGCAACUGUCAGUCCAUGCAGUGCGUGCCACUCUACGAUACACUGGGUGCGGAGGCAGUGUCAUUCAUUCUCAACCAUGCGGAAGUGGCACUCGUGGUCGUGCAAGCAGCCCUCCUCCUCCUUCCCCCCCCCCCCCUGCUGUGCAUCACACAGCUCUCUGUCUCUGCUCUCCCACUCUCCUCUCCCCUCUCUUCCCUCCAUGCAGGUGCGGAGGCAGUGUCAUUCAUUCUCAACCAUGCGGAAGUGGCGCUCGUGGUCGUGCAAGCAGCCAAGAUACCUGCUGUCGUGCAAGCAGCCAAGAUACCUGCCUGCUGUGAGUCAUUGACUUUCUGGAUCUCACAGGCUGCCGUGGUGAGCAUGGGGGCGCUGGAUGCGGAUUCAGCCAAGGCGCUCACAGACAUGGGCAUCCGAGGAGUCACCUGGGACGACUUUUUAAAGGAGGGCGAGGAGAAGCCAGUGGAGCCAUGCCCGUCCAAGCCAGAGGACAUCUGCACCAUCAUGUACACCUCAGGUGGGUUCAGGUGGUUUGUCAUGUACACCUCAGGUGGGUUCAGAUGCUUCCUUAGGUGGGUUCAGAUCAGACUGGUGGUUGCUCUGGUUUCUCCCUCAUGCUUUGACGUGGCUCAUUACUCCCAUCAUCUCUCCCCAACCGUGCCAACCGCCCCCCCCUGUUGUCCUUCCACCCCUCAAUCGAUAGGCACCACGGGCGAGCCCAAGGGAGUGCUUAUAACGAAUCAUGCCCUUGCCACUGCUGUAGCGGGCACCAAGCGCCCCUCUCGCACUGCCGUGGCGGGCACCAAGCGCUCUUGCGAGGUCAACACCUGUGUGGUGCGCGGAGGGGAAGCAGGGGGGUGGGGGAAGAAGGGGAUGCAUAGGCCUGGAUGCUGCGCCAGCGGUGGGACUCUCGCCACUGCUGUUGCCGGCACCCAACUCACCGAAGCGGAUAUCUACAUAUCCUACCUGCCCCUGGCACACAUCUUUGACCGCCUCACCGAAGCGGAUAUCUACAUUUCCUACCUGCCCCUGGCACACAUCUUUGACCGCGUGGCCGAGGAGCUCAUGACGUCUCCCUUUGAUGUCCCUCUGUAUCCCCCACACCCCUCCCACCCUCACAGCUCACCGAAGCGGAUAUCUACAUUUCCUACCUGCCCCUGGCACACAUCUUUUGACCGCCUCACCGAAGCGGAUAUCUACAUUUCCUACCUGCCCCUGGCACACAUCUUUGACCGCGUGGCCGAGGAGCUCAUGACCCAUGUGGGGGGCUCCAUUGGCUUCUGGCAAGGGGGUCUAUGGCACAACAUAUUCGUGGCAGAGGAGCUCAUGGCGCUCAAGCCAGCCCCGCCGCACACACUCGCCCUCUUCCUUUUCGCUUCCCUUCUCUCCUCCCCUCCACUGCACUUGUAUGCCCGCCACUCCCCCUUAUCCCACCAGGACGACGUGAGGAACCUCACAAACGACUUGGACGGCCCUCAAGCCACCUUCUUCUGCGGAGUGCCGCGCAUCUUUGACCGCAUCCACUCGGCCGUCAUCUCUAAGAUUGAGUCCACGGGCGGGCUCACCAAGAUGCUGUUCGACUAUGCCUACAGCAGCAAGCAAGCCAGGCUAACUCAUUUGCCCCCUCUAUUCCCUCUGCCCACUCUAUUUCCCCUCACCAUCCCAGCCGUCAUCUCUAAGAUUGAGUCCACGGGCGGGCUCACCAAGAUUGCUGUUCGACUAUGCCUACAGCAGCAAGCAAGCGCGGCUGGCAGCAGGGAUCAAGGCGCGGCUGGGCGGCAACGUGCGGAUUAUCUGCUCCGGUGCCGCCCUCUCGCCCCUCACGUGGAGGAGUUUUUGAAGAUCGCCAUGUGCUGCCCCCGUGGUGCAGGGUAUGGUGAGUUUGAGAGCGGGUACAGUGCGAUUGAGGGGUACGGUGAGUCCGCCACAUGUGCAGGGUUAUGGCCUCACGGAGACCAACACGAGCGGCUUCAUCUCGUACGCGGAUCGCAUCGAGCAGGCCACCACUGUUGGGCCGCCCAUGCGCAGCCAUCUCACUCCUAUGCCCCUCACAACCCUUUCCUCUGCCGCCGCUUCUCUUUAACACCCCCAGGUCUAACCGAGACCAACACGAGCGGCUUCAUCUCGUAUGCGGAUCGCAUAGAGCAGGCCGGCACGGUGGGCCCGCCCAUGCCCACGCUCGAAACCCGCCUCGAAUCCAUCCCGGAAAUGAACUACGAUGCUAUCGGCAGCACCAAGCAGGAAGGCGAAUCAGGAGAGGCGCAGGUGCACCCCCCCCGUGGGGAGGUGUGCAUUCGCGGGCCGAUUCUCUUCUCGGGGUAUUACAAGCGGGAGGAUCUGACGAAAGAGGCGGUGGAUGCGGAGGGGUGGUUCCACACGGGUGAUAUUGGCGAGUGGCAGGCGGAUGGAUCAAUGAAAAUCAUUGAUCGGAAGAAGAACAUCUUUAAACUCGCGCAGGGCGAGUAUGUGGCUGUGGAGAACCUCGAGAACGUGUUUGGCAACUGCACGGCUUUGGAUAUGUACCUAGAUCCGUGCGAGUACCAAGGUGGCGAGUGGCAGGCGGACGGGUCGAUGAAGAUCAUCGAUCAAAAGAAGAACAUUUUUAAGUUGGCUCAAGGGGAGUAUGUGGCUGUGGAGAACCUCGAGAACGUGUUUGGCAACUGCACGGCUUUGGAUAUGGUGAGGCGGUGUUUCUAUUUGGGGUGUGUGGCGGUAGUACCAUCCGUGCCAGUGUGGCAGAUGGAGUGGCGAGUGGCAGAUGGGUCGAUGAAGAUCAUCGACAGGAAGAAGAAUAUUUUCAAACUGGCGCAAGGGGAGUAUGUGGCUGUGGAGAAUCUCGAGAACGUGUUUGGCUGGUUUUUGACAUGUUUGGCAACUGCACGGCUCUUGACAUGGUGA